AUGGCUAGCCCACAGGUUCUAGUUUUCGAUGCUGAGGGCCGCCCAGUGAAGUUUGACACCUGGCUAGAUGACCUGCACCUCUAUCUACAGCUCACAGCCAAGGACGACUUCUCACUGUACGACCACGCCCUAGGCCAUGUCACUGUCCCUGCUGCUACUGCUGACAGCACUGCUCGCUCACAGUGGAAGACUCGUGAUGCCCACGCUCGCUUCACUAUUCGCAACUCCCUGCCGAUAGACGAACGCGAGCACUUUGGCCAGCACAAGACUGCACAGGCACUGUACACAGCUGUCGUUCCUCGCUACUCCUUACCUGCCUCUGCCGCGCUAGGCCGUCUCUCCCUCCCCUACCUGUUUCCCGACCUGGCCUCGUUCCACACAGUUGCUGACCUCAUCACGCACCUCCGUACUAGUGAGGCCCGCUUCCGUGCCGCCAUGCCCGCUGAGUUCCUUGCCACGCACCCCCCCCCCACUCUAGCUCACUCUCUACCACCUAGUCACACGCCUCCCAGACACACUGCGUGCUCGGCAAGGGCAAAGGGGGCAAGGGUGGUGGCGGUGACGGCGGGGGAGGCGGUGGUGGGGGCGGUGGAGGCGGUGGGGGUGGUGGCGCGACUGGAGGGGCUAGUGGCAGCGGUGGGGGUGGUGGCGGCAGCGGCGGGGGAGGUGGCAGGGGCGGAGGCGGUGGUUGGGGUGGCGGUGGAAGAGGCAGCGGCAGGGGUUGGGGUAGUCGAGGAGGUGGCGGCGGCGGUGGUGGUCGUGGAGGCGCUGGCGGUGGCCAGGGCCAGCAGCACACUCCUUCGCCCCAGGAGGUCCGUGAGUGGUACUCUCUGCACGAGGGGGGGUGGCUUUAGCUGCACGUACGUCAUUCGCACUGGUGACCGCACUGGUCAGCAGUGUGGACGACCGCACGCCACACAGCGCUGCUUCGCUCGUCUCGACGUCGCUUGGCGUGUUCAGUUCCCUCAGGCCACUGAGCUGCCCCGCUGGUUUGAUCUCCUGAAGAAGGGGAUUGAUAUCUAUGCUCUAGACUUUGAUGCUAUUCUAUCUGCUAUGUAUGUGAUGUCUACUAGUGGAGAGGGUGUUGAGUACCUGUGUGUGCCGCCCGACCUGGGCAUUAGGACUAGUGCGUCUGCCGCUCCAGGUACUCGCGUGUCGGCUACCCCAGGUGCUGGUGAGGCAGCUGCUCUAGGUGCUUGUGCGUCUGCCCCCCUUGGUACUGAGUCGACUGCAGCAUUGCACACCUUCACACUAGACUCAGGUGCUUCUCGUUGCUUCUUUCGUGACCGCACUGCCCUUGAGCCGCUUGCUCGGCUAGUUGCUAUCUCCCUUGCUGACCCCUCUGGGGGUCCGGUCAUUGCAACCUCUUCCACUGUCCUUCCCUGUCCUGCGGUCCCGUCGGGCACACUGUCAGGUCUCCACCUCCUCUCGUUCUCUACGAACUUGGUGGCAGGAUGUGCGCUCCAAGACGGGGGUGUUCACCAGUUCACCCCUGCCUACGAGCGUGUGACACACUGUACGUGUGCUCGUACGGGCCGUCACUUGGCUACCUUCACUCGACAGCCGGGGUCGGACCUGUACACACUGACUACUGAGUCCCCUCAGGUUGCUGCAUCUGCGUCCGCGUCCGCGUCAGGGUCCUUCCUCCCCUCCCUCCCUCACCUCCUCCUACCUGUCUCCCCUGUGUCGAGGGACGGCAGCGCGCCGCUCCUCACUCCUUCUCGUUUCCCCCGACGACUGCUCCCUUGCAGACGCUCCACAUGGACGUGUGGGGCCCAGCCCGCGUCCGUGGUCAGGGUCAGGAGAGGUACUUCCUGA